UACUCCCCUGACUAGUAUAGGCGGGAACUACCUCCCUCUCCCAGUUUCCUGUUUCCAGUGCCUGAUAAAAUGUUCCUCCCUGCAGUGGAGGUGCUUCAGUUGCACUGGAAUGACAGAUGCUCACCAGUGAGAGUGGCUCUGAGAUAAUAACCAAGACGAUCUGAGCACACAAAGUUUCAACAAGGUUUUAUUAACGAAGACAACAAUGAUGAGCUUGCUGUACCUCUUGGGACUCUUCCUGGCUGCUUCAUCAAGCCUUCAUGCUGGCUCCUCCCUGCGCUUCAUUGCUGUUGGAGAUUGGGGUGGGGUCCCCAAUGCUCCUUUCUACACAGCCCGUGAGGCAGCUGUAGCCAAUGAGAUGGGACGCACAGUAGCUUCAUUGGGAGCCGACUUCAUCUUGUCCCUUGGAGACAACUUCUACUACAGUGGUGUGAAUGAUGUCUAUGACAAGCGCUUUCAGGAGACCUUUGAGUCAGUUUUCCAGGCACCCGUAUUGCGCAAGGUGCCGUGGUAUGUGCUGGCUGGCAACCACGACCAUUCAGGGAAUGUUUCUGCACAGAUUGCCUAUAGCAAGAUCUCCAAGCGUUGGCAUUUCCCCAAAUACUACUACAAGCUGAGGUUCAAGGUGCCUGGAAGCAAUAGCACUGUUGCCAUCCUCAUGAUAGACACUGUGACUAUCUGUGGUAAUUCAGAUGACUUCCAGAGUGAGAAGCCCCUGCGUCCACGGGAUGUAGGCAUGGCCCGUAGCCAGCUGUCCUGGCUCCGCAAACAGAUGGCCAACUCCCAGGAUGACUACUUGCUGGUGGCUGGGCACUACCCAGUGUGGUCUGUGGGAAAGCAUGGCCCCACAACAUGUUUGAUCAAGCAACUACAGCCGCUGCUGCUGAAAUACAAGGCCACAGCCUACUUGUGUGGCCAUGAUCACAACCUGCAGUACCUACAAGACAAAACUGGCUUGGGCUAUGUGCUGAGUGGAGCAGGCAACUUCAUGGAUGACUCCAAGCAACACCUUCACGAGGUCCCUGCUGGUUAUCUACGUUUCUUCUAUGGCCAUACCUCUUCUCAGGGAGGCUUUGCCUACAUUGAGAUUAACGGCAAAGAGAUGAGCAUUACCUACAUUGAGGGCAAAGGCAAGUCACUCUACAAGACCUCUCUGCCUAGGCGGAGAUGUUUCUGAAGACAAUUCAAUAUCCUGGCUUGUUGGGAGGAGCACUGCUGGCAUCCCUGGCACACAUGCACGCUUCUUUAAUCUAAGCGGGGAAUUAGCAUUGGUGGGGAGUGCAACUGUCCAGACAGAGCUCUAUCAUCUCAUAUUUUGAGAGGUACUGCCACUGCACUCUUACCCAGACUUCAAAAUGCCAUGCAUACAAAACCAGUGGGUAUAUGUUUCCAUCUUCCUUCCAGUAGAUCUUCCUAUCUUCCACGUCCAAAAUACUCCUUUCUGCAUGCUGCAUCUGAAGCCCCAAAUGUGCCUCUGUAGCUCCUGCCCAAAUCUUGAGAACAUAUCAGAUCAAGAGUUGUCACUGUCCAACUUAAUUGCUGGUGGCUAUGAGCCUUUGUAUGGUAAAAACCAUAGGUGUUCAACAUUUUAGGCAAGGCUCACUGCAAGAAUUGAGGAACAAGCAGUAGCAGACAAAGAUCAAAGUCUUGCCCAGCUGAACUGAAAUGCACAACCUUGUUUCUAGCCUUUGUUCCAGCUUUAGGGUACAGUCUGCAUGCAGCCGUGCUAUGCUAGUUGCUGCUGCUGCUGGAGAAAAAUGAAAAGAACUUAGAAUUGCUAUCUAAUCCUCACCCACCUGGUCAGGGCUUUUAAUAGCUGCCUAUCAUGCAGACACAGGAAAAGAUGGCAACCACAGAAUAAUUGGACGGCACCCAGAAAUUAUUCCUUGCUCUCCUAGUAUGAAAGAAAAGCACAGAUAAUUCCAUAGCUUACUAUAUAGCUUGUUCCUACAGUAUGGUAGAAACAUACCCUUGUACCAAGUACCUUAGAAGCGAUUGUCAGUUCUUGGGACUGCCAUUAAUUCUCAGAAUCAUCUUUUGCCUAGUUAAGAUCCCCAUCCUGAAACUAUCUGCCAGGUCAUCUGUUUCAGGCAAAGAUAGUGAGACUCAGCCAGCUGAUUAGGAUUGGGCUGAAAAUUAACUUUGCUGUGUCUGAGCUGCAUCUAGUAAACUUGGGAAGUGUUUGGAUGCAGCUGAAAUUUGGACCAAAAAUAGCAAAGGUUUUGUGGAGUCUUCCCUACUCCCAGAUUCCUGAAUAACAGCACAACUCAUCUAUUUCCCCUUACUUUUCAGGUACAUGAUCCUCCCCUAUGCACCUUUUAUGUAGAAUUCUGUACCACACACUCUAGCCUUGCAGCAGGAAAUUUUCUGUUGUUGACAAACAACUCCCAUAGAUCAGGAGAUGGUGGUGACUGAGAAAAGAGUGGGUAUGUGGAACACCCAGGAAACCAAGCAGGAAACAUAAGGUCCCAGAGCCCAUUCCUUGCUCACUUUAAUAAUUUUACAUUGGGCUUAAUGAUUCAAUCACUCAUCAUAUCCUAGUGAAACAACACUUUGUGUGUGUAGAGAAUGCCAGUACCAGUGCAUGCCAAAAGGGGAAGAGAUCCAUCUGUCUUCUAAAUGGAUUGAUGACUGAUCUCUUCCUUUCUGGAUUUUUCUUUUGACUCUUCUUUGUAUUUGAUUCUGCUCCAAACAUUAGCUGGUCUUCUGCAUUUCAAAACCGUUCACAAUGUUUAUCUGCAAGAUCUAUGAUUCUACACAACCAGAAUCCAGUUUUAUUCUGUAUAUGGGCUCCUUAGAUUUGUUUUAGGAGUUAACAGAAUCUUCUAAUGUUUUCUUGUGACUAGCUUUUCAAUAAAUGACUUUUAAUUGUU